AUGUCAUCUUCCUCUUCUGAUGUAAGCGAUGUUGAAUUUAAUGAAGAUGAAGAAUUUGGUUUAUCUCCAUUCAUGUUCGAAACGGAACGGAGUCAAAGUGAAGUGACUGUAGCUAUAGAAGCUUUGAAAUACAACGUUGGUGUUAAAAACUGCAAUGUUGAAGCUGGAAAUCGUGUUGGAAAUGUUGAGUGGUGCCAGUGCAAAAAGUGUAAAACUAUGGUCACUGAAACGGAACGUUUAUGUUGUCGUGAUAAUAAUGAUAUUCCGGACGGUCAUUUUCAAGGUCAUACGUGUGUUACAAAUUUGGAUGAAUUCAAAAUGGUUUGUUUGCCGGAACCUGUGUCCUAUCGGUUUGCUGCUUAUAAACAAUAUAUAUGGUGGGUGUAUGGAAGACUGGGCAUAGGUUAUCGAAAGCCUAUACCAUCAUGUGUUGUGUGGGUAAUCCGUAAUAAAUACCUGCAGCCCGAUGGGGUAUAUGUGCCAUACACAGAAUCAGGAAUGGAUUUGGACAAAUAA